AUGGCGCCCGGCAACAGACCGUAUAUGGGGCCUGGCGAUAGGCCAGCAACAGGGCCUAACAACAGACAGGCCAUGGCUCCUGGAAACAGACAGGCCGUGGCGCCCGGCAACAGACAGGCCAUGGCACCUGGCAACAGACAGACCAUAGCGCCUGGCAACAGACAGGCCACGGCUCCUGGCAACAGACAGGAUAUGGCUCCUGGCAAUAGAUCGGCCAUGGCUCCUGGCAACAGACAGAUGGCGCCAGGCAACAGACAGGCCAUGGCUGCUGGCAACAGACAGGAUAUGGCUCCUGGCAACAGGCAGGAGAUGGCGCCAGGCAACAGACAGGAUAGGGCGUCUCGCAACAGACAGGAUAUGGAUCCUCGCAACAGACAGGAUAUGGCUCCUGGCAACAGGCAGGAUAGGGACCCUCGCAACAGACAGGAUACGGAUCCUCGCAACAGACAGGAUAUGGCUCCUGGCAACAGGCAGGAUAGGGAUCCUCGCAACAGACAGGAUAUGGAUCCUCGCAACAGACAGGAUAUGGCUCCUGGCAACAGGCAGGAUAGGGACCCUCGCAACAGACAGGAUAUGGCGCCAGGCAACAGACAGGAUAGGGCGUCUCGCAACAGACAGGAGAUGGAUCCUCGCAACAGACAGGAUGUGGCUCCUGGCAACAGGCAAGAUAGGGACCCUCGCAACAGACAAGAUGUGGCUCCUGGCAACAGGCAAGAUAGGGACCCUCGCAACAGACAGGAGAUGGAUCCUCGCAACAGACAGGAUGUGGCUCCUGGCAACAGGCAAGAUAGGGACCCUCGCAACAGACAGGAUGUGGCUCCUGGCAACAGGCAGGAUAGGGACCCUCGCAACAGACAGGAUAUGGCACCUGGCAACAGGCAGGAUAGGGACCCUCGCAACAGACAGGAUACGGAUCCUCGCAACAGACAGGAUGUGGCUCCUGGCAACAGGCAGGAUAGGGACCCUCGCAACAGACAGGAUAUGGCUCCUGGCAACAGGCAGGAUAGGGACCCUCGCAACAGACAGGAUACGGAUCCUCGCAACAGACAGGAUGUGGCUCCUGGCAACAGGCAGGAUAGGGACCCUCGCAACAGACAGGAUACGGAUCCUCGCAACAGACAGGCCAUGCCUCCUAGCAGCAGACAGGAUAUGCCUCCUGGCAACAGGCAGGAUAGGGACCCUCGCAACAGACAGGAUACGGAUCCUCGCAACAGACAGGCCAUGCCUCCUAGCAGCAGACAGGAUAUGCCUCCUGGCAACAGACAGGCCAUGGCCCCUGGAAACAGACAGGCCAUGCCUCCCGAGAACAGACAGUCAAUGGCGCCUGGCAACAGAUCAUCUACCAUGCCGGAGAAUAGGCCAGCUACAACACGUGAGACCAGACCAUCUGUGGUGCGUGGCAAUGGGCCAGCCUUGGCGCGCGGCAACAAAUCAUCUUCAAUGUUUGGCAAGAGGGCAUACAUGGCGCCUCGCCAUUAUUCUUCAAGCCUCACCUCCAACGUGGACAUGUUCAAUAUCAGAAAUCCAUCCAUGAUUUCGACAACGUCACAGAAGAACACUACCAUAGCUUCCUUGGAGCAGUUCGUCGACAUGCACAAACACGAUCCAAACUUUCCGCAAGAUAUCCUCAUACGGGCUCGUCAAUUUCUGGAGGAGAGACGGUCAGUUCCUCUUGAUGGUGAAAUCGACAUCGAGUCUGCUCAAUUCAUUCUGGAUUCUUUCGAAGAUUUCAAGCAGCUCGCCAUACACAGCUCCCCCUACCGGGAAGUCCGCGCCGUCGUGGACAACGUCGACGACCCGCUGCUUCCCGUCGGCACCUUCCGAGCACUCUUCAUUGGCACGCUCUUUUCCAUCCUGGGCACCGCCCUCCAGCAGCUGUUCUCGUUGCGGAUGCCGAGCAUAAAUGUGUCGACCUACAUGGUUCAGGUGCUCUCGAUGCCGCUCGGCAUGGCCAUGGCCCGAUGGAUGCCGGCGCACGAGUUUUCCUUGGCCGGUUGGAAAUUCACGCUCAACCCGGGUCCCUUUAACCAGAAAGAACACCUUCUCGUCGUCAUGAUGGCAAAUGUGUCGUUUGAGGGAGCGGCUUCCGGUGCCUACGUCGUCAGGAUCAUCCAGCUUCUGAAGCUCGAUCGCUUCUACGGCGAGCGAGUCCUGUCCGCCAACCUCCCCUGGCAGUUCAUCACCCUCCUCGCCAGUCAGUUCAUCGGGUACGGCUGUGCAGGACUGACGCGCCGCUUCCUCGUCUACCCUCCCGCCAUGAUAUGGCAGAAGCCGCUCGCGAACAUGGCCGUCACGAAGGCCUUGUUCGCCGACGAGGAACAGGCGGAGACGUUGCCCGCCGUCCGAGGCUGGUCCAUGACGCGCCUCCGGUUUUUCCUCAUCUGCUUCGGCGCCAUGUUCGCCUGGUUCUGGGUUCCCAACUACCUCUUCGAUGGCCUCGCCUUGUUCAACUGGCCGACCUGGUUCUCCCCCGGCAACGUCACCCUCGCGCUCAUCGCCGGCAGCACGUGCGGUCUCGGCCUGAACCCGGUGCCGACGCUGGACUGGAACAUUGCCGCCCAUCUCAAGGACCCCAUCGUGACGCCCCUCUUCAGCCUCAUGAACUACGCCGCCGGCAUGGCCGUCGUCGGCUUCGUCGCGGCGCCCAUCAUGUACAUGAAAAAUGUCGGGAACGCAGGCUACCUGCCCAUCAACAGCAACAAGGUGUACGACAACACGGCACAGCCCUACGACGUCCGCCGCAUCCUGAACGACGACCUGACGAUCAACGAGACGGCCUACCGCAACUACAGCGUGCCGUGGCUGUCGACGACGCAGGUGCUCAACCUCGCGGCCGCCUUCGCCAUGUACGUCGCACUUCCAAUCUACAUCGGGCUCUGGUACGGCCGAGACAUCGUAAAGAGGCUGCGCUCCAUCCUGAAGCGGCAAAGGCGGGAGGAGCAAUUCAACGACGUUCACAACCGGCUCAUGUCUGCCUAUCCAGAGUGCCCCAGCUGUUGGUACCUUGCGCUGCUCGCCAUCUCCAUCCUGCUGGCCUGCCUGUCCGUCAGCCAGUGGCCGACGGACACGCCCGUCUGGGCCAUCUGGGUGGCCGUCAGCUUCACCCUGGUGCUGCAGAUCCCCGUCGGCAUGCUCGCAGCCAUGACGAAUGUCGAGAUUCCGGUGAGCAUCCUUUCGAUGGUCGUGGGCGGCUACGUCCUCGAGGGCAAGGUGAUUCCGAACCUCAUCUUCCGCAUGUUCAGCUUCAUGUCGACGUCGCAGUCGCUCAACUUUGUGAGCAACUUGAAAAUCGCCCACUACGCCAAGAUACCGCCUCGCUGCGCCUUCAAGGCCCAGGUCUACGCGACUCUGAUCGCCGGAAUCGUUGCGCUCGGGGUCAACAACUGGGCGCUGGACAAGAUCGACGGCGUCUGCGUCGAAGGACAGCGGCAGGGGUUCACCUGUCCGCAGGCGCAUGCCCACUUCUCGUCGUCCUUGCUGUGGUUCGUCGUGGGACCUCGGCGACUGUUUGGAAAUGGCGGUCCAUACAGGGCCAUAACCUACUUCAUCCCCCUCGGCGUCGUUCUUCCCGUCGUCGUCUACCUUGCCGCAAGAAGGUGGCCGAUGUCUUGGUGGCGCAAGGUCAACGUACCGAUCUUCCUCGCCGGGCCCAUGGUAUUUGCACCUUAUAACUGGUCGUACAUGCAAGGCGCCGUCGUCAUUGCCAUCUUCUUCAACUUCUUCGUCAGGAGGCGGUACACGGCAUGGUGGGAGAGGUACGCAUACGUCAUGUCCGGUUCGUUCAUGACCGCCAUCGGCAUCGCGAGUCUCAUCAUUUUUUUGGCGUUGCAGAGGAGGAAUAUUCGUCUUGAUUGGUGGGGAAACACCAUCUCUCACAGCGGAAUUGACCAGGGCGGUUGGAAGGACGAUCAAGGACAGACGGUGCGAUGCGCCAAUCUGAAGCUUCCAGCAAGCGGUCGUUUUCCUUCUGGGUUCAGAUAA